AUGCGCAGGUGUCCUAUCUGCAAGCAGAAUGUGCAGCAGUUUCAUCAGGCUGUGGACGUUUGGGGCUGUUGGUUGGGCUACCGAUCCGCAUCCACGCGGGCAGAUGCCCUGGAGAGAAUGGCCGUCAUGGCGAAUCUGGGACUGCACGUCUUCCAUCCCGAGUGGCAGAACGUACGGCCAGGCGCAAUGCCCCAGGGCAGACAGUAUAGCACCACCUUCAGGAUGAUCGCUAUGAAGGUCUUCGGUCGAGACGAGGAGAUCACCCUGCCGGUCCAGACCUGCACGAAGGUCGUCGACGUGAGGGAUGCAUUGGCCCGAGCAUUGGGCCUCGAUCCAGAGAGUUUCUUGAAGGCAGGCUUGGCCAUGUUGAAUGUUCGCAAGACUACUGUAGCAAGGGGGGCAUUAGCAGGAACGGGGUCGGCAUCACUUGUCCGGAACUAUAAAGACCUGGACAUUGACGCGGGCCGCCCUUCCGUGCAGGAGGCCUGGAUCAUCGGCGACCUCCAUGGUGACAUACAGUGUGCUGAACAGUGGGUGAGAAGGACCGGCUUGGUAGACCUGGACACGUGGAUGUGGCAGGGUAGAGAACGUACAGCGCUAAUUUUCAUGGGCGAUUAUGUGGACCGGGGCCCUGAGGGCCUUCAGGUCCUCAGCUUCGUGCGGAACCUCACGUGGAGCUUUCCCAAAAAUGUGCUGGCACUUAUUGGAAAUCACGACUUGUACUUCCUCGCAGAUUCGGUCCUGCCAGAUGGUGCUGCUACUCUGAUGGGUGUGCCGGUGCGAGAUUUUACCUUUUCAUUUAUUCACCCAGAAGAGUAUCUGAACUGGGUGCCGGAGAGCGCCGUCCAGGCGGACGACACCUCCGAGAUCCUUCCAAACCUGCUGCUGGCCUUGCAGCAUGUCUACCAGAUGAGAGCCGAGCGCCAGGUGAUGAUGGUCGAGGGGCCCGGACAAAGAAGCCUUUUCGGCUGGCCCCCUUUUGUCGGUAACGACAUGCUGCGGCAACGCACCACCCAGCGCCUCAGCCAGUGGCAGCAGCACCUUGCUGAAGGGCUUCACAGUUCUGGCUUGGCCGAGUGGCUCCUCGAGCGCCCUGCGAUGGCGGUCGUAGCAGGAACGCUUUUCGUCCAUGGCGGCUUGAUGCCCGUUCGGGACGCCUCGGAGCUGGUACCUCUAGCACCAGGCAGCUUCACUUGCUUGAAUUGA